CAAAUCUGUCAAAUUUAAAGUGUUUCAAGUUCACUCAAGUUUUCGAAAUUAUAAAAAAAGCAGUAAUAUUAGGAUUUAUUUAAAGUUAUAAUUUUAUCUAUAGCUAGAAAAAUAAUUUGCGUGCGCUGGCAGUCAGUUUUUCAUAGAUUUAAAUGGCCCAGAUCUUAUUCUCUACAAGGUGUCACAAUGUCUGAAAAUAACUCGAAUUCUAACCAGUCUACAAACAACAGAGAAGAUAGGCCAAAACUCAAAAUAUUAGCUUUUCAUGCGUAUCGUCAAAACGGCACAGUGUUCAAGAACAAGAUAGGAUCCUUCAGGAAAGCAGUGUCUAAGUAUGCACAGUUAACUUUCAUAUCAGCACCUCACAAAGUUUUUAGUGAGGAUGGUGGGGGCGAAGAAGAUUCCAGAUCGUGGUGGUUUAAUGCAGAAGACAACACAUUUAGUGGCAAGUGUCUGGGUGGGCCAGCGAUAGGGUUUGAAGACACGCUGCGGCUCAUAGAGCAAGUGGUGGCAGAGCAUGGCCCAUUUGAUGGCUUCAUGGGUUUCUCACAGGGGGCCUGCCUUGUGGGACUGCUGGCUGCCAUGCAGCAGAAAGGAUAUUUACCAUAUACAUUCAAGUUUGCAAUAUUUGCCUCUGGCUUCAGAUCAGGAAGUUUGGUUCACAAAGCCUUCUAUGAUGAAGAUAUCAACCUACGAUCCCUCCACGUUUAUGGUGAAAGUGAUUCAAUAAUUCCAAAAGAAAUGAGCGAGUCACUUAUCAAUUUGUUCACAAAGCCAGUGGUAGCCGAGCAUUCUGGUGGACAUUACGUGGCGUGCUCCGGUUCCAUCAAAGAUGCGUACUUGGACUUCUUCCAUGAUCGAUACCAGGAUCUGAUAGAGGGGCCACAGAGAAGCAAUAGAAGAAAUUCGUAGACUAGAUUUUAGUGUUGAAUUAAGUGUGGAGACUUAUUGAUAAGGUUGAAAUAAAGUUAUUUGCAACUUU